GCGAGUUCAGGGGAAACCGGCGGAGCCACAAUGGAGAAUGUUUUCUUCCCGUGACAGUCCGGUGCCUGGCAGGUGAUUAACACAGCGAAGCUCCCCCAUCCCGCCUCAGCCUGCUACGUUACAGUCAAUCCUGGAGCACCAACAUUACAAAUUAACACACGGACAUAAACUAUCAAGAUGGAUACCUCAAACCUUCCCAAGAUCCAGGACGAGGAGCGAGAAAGCGAGUUCGGAUACGUACAUGGAGUUUCUGGACCAGUGGUGACGGCGACGGCGAUGGCGGGAGCAGCCAUGUACGAGCUGGUUCGCGUGGGACACAGUGAGCUGGUGGGAGAAAUCAUCCGUUUAGAGGGAGACAUGGCAACGAUCCAGGUCUACGAGGAGACUUCCGGUGUGUCCGUCGGUGACCCUGUCCUCCGGACGGGGAAACCCCUCUCUGUGGAGCUCGGGCCGGGAAUCAUGGGCUCCAUCUUUGACGGCAUCCAGCGUCCGCUGAAGGACAUCAAUGACCUCACUCAGAGCAUCUAUAUCCCAAGGGGAGUAAACAUCGGGGCUCUUAACAGAGACCUGAAAUGGGAAUUCAACCCCGGGCAGAGUCUUCGGGUCGGCAGUCACGUGACAGGUGGCGAUAUCUACGGCAUGGUGUUCGAAAACUCUCUCAUAAAGCACAAGCUGAUGCUUCCACCGCGCAACCGAGGCACCGUCACCUACCUGGCCCCACCGGGAAACUACGACAUUUCUGACGUGGUUCUGGAGCUGGAGUUUGAAAGCGUGAAGGAGAAGUUCACCAUGAUGCAGGUCUGGCCGGUGCGACAGAUUCGCCCAGUCACUGAGAAGCUACCUGCCAACCAUCCGCUGUUGACGGGUCAGAGAGUUCUGGACGCACUUUUCCCAUGCGUGCAGGGCGGCACCACCGCCAUACCCGGCGCCUUCGGCUGCGGGAAGACGGUGAUCUCGCAGUCGCUGUCCAAGUAUUCCAACAGCGACGUCAUUGUCUACGUGGGCUGCGGAGAGCGUGGAAAUGAAAUGUCUGAAGUGCUGCGGGACUUCCCCGAGCUUACUAUGGAGGUUGAUGGAAAGACCGAGAGCAUCAUGAAGAGAACCGCGCUGGUUGCAAAUACAUCCAACAUGCCUGUGGCUGCCAGAGAGGCCUCCAUCUACACAGGGAUCACGCUGUCCGAAUACUUCAGAGAUAUGGGCUAUCAUGUGAGCAUGAUGGCCGACUCGACGUCUCGAUGGGCCGAAGCUCUGAGAGAAAUCUCCGGAAGAUUGGCCGAAAUGCCCGCUGACAGCGGGUAUCCUGCUUACCUCGGUGCCAGGCUCGCCUCCUUCUACGAGCGCGCCGGACGUGUGAAGUGCCUGGGAAAUCCAGAGAGGGAAGGCAGCGUCAGCAUCGUGGGAGCUGUGUCACCCCCUGGUGGAGAUUUCUCUGACCCUGUCACCUCAGCCACAUUAGGCAUUGUUCAGGUGUUCUGGGGAUUGGACAAGAAGCUGGCUCAGAGAAAGCACUUCCCUUCAGUAAACUGGCUGAUUAGCUACAGCAAGUACACACGAGCUCUGGAUGAAUAUUAUGACAAACAUUUCCCUGAGUUUGUUCCUCUGCGUACAAAAGCCAAAGAGAUUCUCCAGGAGGAGGAGGACCUGGCUGAGAUUGUGCAGCUUGUAGGCAAGGCGUCUCUGGCCGAGACCGAUAAGAUCACUCUAGAAGUUGCAAAGCUCAUUAAGGAUGACUUCCUGCAGCAGAACGGUUACACCCCCUACGACAGGUUCUGCCCCUUCUACAAGACGGUCGGCAUCCUCUCAAACAUGAUCUCUUUUUACGACAUGGCCCGACACGCGGUGGAGUCCACGUCACAGAGCGACAACAAAAUCACCUGGGCGAUGAUCAAGGAGCACAUGGGAGAGAUGCUGUACAAAAUCAGCUCCAUGAAGUUCAAGGACCCCGUUAAGGACGGCGAAGUGAAGAUCAAAGCCGAAUUCGCCCAGCUGCUGGAGGACAUGCAGAACGCCUUCAGGACCCUGGAGGAGUGAAUCGCCGAGCCGUCGGUUCCGCUCCCAAGUAUCCGACGACCCCCCCCCCCCACCAGUGCAGUGCAACAUAGUGCGGAUUGAAUGGCCCGUGUUCUUAAUGUCAACUCCCUUUUAUUCCUUGUUGUUUACGUCCCCUAAAAACAUUCCUGGCACAAUUUUUCCGUUUUUGUUGAUUUUUUGACUACUUCAAAAAUGCAGUAAUGGAAUCCUCGACGUGAGACUACGGUUAGCGGCUUGCGUGUAGCGGCUUGCGUGUAGCGGCUUGCGUGUAGCGGCGUGCGUGUAGCGGCGUGCGUGUAGCGGCGCGACCACAUGUGGUUAAAAUCAGGGGCCACCCAUCAGGUGUUGCACUUAAACAAUGGCUGCUUCAAAGAGUGGACAGGGAUGUUUCUUUUUUUUCCCCAGAUGUGAAAGUGAUCAAUAUAUUUAA